AUGAAUAGAUAUAGUGUAAUAGUACUUAAGGAUGUCGUUGGUAUUGCUGCUGAUGUAGUAUUUAAAGCUUUUCCUUGCUUACUUGUUGGAAUUGCUGAUGAUGACAAUGGUAAUAUUUUGGCUUUAUUUUGGUCAUUCUGUUUGGGUGAUCCUCUCAUAAAGGACGAUGAUAAUGAUGAUGAUGUUUCAAAUGUUGUUGCUGAUGUUGAAGCUGUGGUAGUUGUUGAAUUUUUUGUUCCCUUAAGUGCACAUUCAGCAGCAGCAAUACCAUCAUCUUCAUCUACAGCAAUAACAUCAACAACAACACCGACAACAAUAUUACCUCAAACAAAUUUGCUGAAAAUAGAACCAUUUGUUCCUAGUCUUACAAAUCGACCACAAAAAACUAUCCGACGUUCUUAUAGUACUCUAUCGAAUACAACUUUAAAAAAACACAGCAUCCAACAUGUAAAUAAAAACUUAGUUAAUCAACUAGAAAUACAAAAACAUGCAAAAACAUUAGCUGGAGUAAGAGUUGCAGGCAAUAUUAAGGGAAUAAAUAGUGUAAAUAACGGUUUGCCUAAAGUAUUAAGACAAACAACAACUGCAACAAGCACAACAACGUUGCGUAGACGACCGACCUUAAGAGGUCCGAUAAAUAGACAACGUUCCAAAUCGACUUCAUCAUCAAACUCCAACUCGAAUCGUCCUAUAACAGCAGGUGUUGCUGUAAGUGCCACACCUAUAGGCGGCACACCAUGUACCUCACCAUACUCCGCCGUUGUAGUACAGCAACCAAAUGGCAUCUGUCGCAUACAACGAAAUGCCAAGGAACUAGAAAAACUACCAGAUCGUAUAAAUUACGAUAAACGUGGUCUGACCGCGAUACCAAUAUUUGAAAAUGAAACAAAUCUUAGAUUGUUAUCCCUGCAGCAUAAUCUCAUAAAUACUUUUCACAUACCCAAAGAACAAGAUGAAAUGCCGGAGGAAGAACAAGUAACAGCUGAAACGGAAACAGCCACCAGAGAACAAGUAAUUAAUGGUAUUUCUUGUAGGAAUGCAGAACUAAAUAUUUCAGGAAACCAAACUCAUCAACAUUUUUACAAUAACAAACAAAGAUUACCUUUAGCUGUGGCCAAACCAAAUUUAGAACAAUUGCAACCACAAGUACCUGGGCAGUUGAUGUUGCCUUUAAAUGCACCACCACCCCUUACAAACCCCAUGACUUUUGGUAGUUAUAUAUUGCAACGCAACAAACUGCUGCACAGAUCUAUUAAUAUGAACAAUUGCCAAGUGAAUAACCACAGAGGCAACUUGCAACAUCCGGCUCAAUUACGUUUUAGCAUGCGUAAAUCGAAAAGCUUUGUUAGUAAUUUAAACUUACAGUUAAAUUUAACGAAACGUUCCAUGCAAAAUCAAAAGACCGCGUUUUUAAAACGCACAGAUGUCUUAGGAAAUUUAAAAAGUUUUGAUUCUUCCACCAGCAACAUAACAACCGAUUCUACACAAUCCACUUUACUAACAACCGAAGUUGACGAGUCUCUGGUGGAAGAUGAAGAAGAGGAAGAUAGGCGUUCUAACACUUAUUCUCCUCUGGCAAUUAAGAAUAAACAAUUGAUUAUUAGUUAUGGUAAUAUCUUUCAAAAUUUAGUAUUUUUGGAUUUGUAUGAUAAUCAAAUAGAACGUGUUUCAAAUCUAGACGGUUUGCCUGCCUUAACAGUACUAUUGCUGGGCAAAAAUCGCAUAUCUGACAUUACUGGCCUGGCGUCUUUGAAAUCAACUUUACGUGUUUUAGAUCUACAUGGUAAUAAAUUAUGUUCCAUUUCGAACAAAAUCAAUUGUCUUAAGGAGUUAAAAUCACUUAAUUUAGCUGGCAAUCAAAUAAGACAAAUAAAUCACAAUGACUUUAUGGGCCUGCACAAUCUCAAGGAAUUGAAUUUGAAACGCAAUAAACUAAAACGUAUCAAUGGCUUUCAACAUCUUUCGGCAUUAGAGCGCUUAUGGUUGUGUCACAACGAUUUGCACAAGGUAGAUGAUAUGGCAUCAAUAGCGAAAGCACAAAACUUAGUUGAAAUAACCAUAGAAAAUAAUCCCCUAACACUGGCUGGUGAUUGUGUUUCGUUUCUAGUCAGUUACUUACCCAAAUUGCAAACACUUAGUCAAAUGCCCAUAACCGAACAGGUGAGAAAAGCUGCUAUGACUUGGCGUGCUAAUAAGGAAUUAUCGGAUGCUAAUAGCAACCUAAGUAACAGGGAGGUAUUCAAUAUUAUACGUAGAGAAGAAAUCAUAUCGAAUGCACGCACCAAUUGGGAACUCUUAAGGUCACAACAAAUGGUGCAGAACUCUUUGAAGCAACAGAAGGCCAUAAAUAAACCGAAUAUGGAAUUGGAGAAAAUUAGGGAAACCAAUGAAAACAAUUAUGAAGAAUUUAUUAAAUUGCCACCCAUUGAAAGUCAACAAAUUGCCGAAGGAUCUACCAAUAAGCAGGAGAUUGAGGAACGUUCAUCUUCCGCUUCUAGUUUGGGAGCAAAUGUAAAUUCUUCAUCCAGCUGUUACAGUUCACAAGAUGAGUUGGAUGCCACUGGGGUUACAAGUAAAGCAGAGAAACCAUUAAAUCACAUUGAUAAACCACCAUCGUCGUCGUCAUCGAUAAAAUCCAAACAAAUGGAAAAUAUUAUAAAUCAUACAUCGUCAACUGACAAUAAUCAUCAGCAUCAACAUCAUUCAUCGUCUCAGUGCAACAGCGCAACCACUACAGAAACAAGCAACACCCCAACUAUAACUUCAGCUAGCAACAGUGCACCCACAUUAAAUUUACAAUUUCCUAUGGAAACUAACAAAGUGUCAGCUAACCAACAAAAUCAAGCAGUCACAUCAACGGUAACAUCCGUAUCAUCUUCAAUAUCCUCCAUACAAACAGCAGCAACAAAUGCAAUGGUAUCAUCUUCUAUGGCAGUUGUUUCUCCAGCAUCAGCAACAUUUACUAAACGCUAUAUGACGGGUAGUUUAAUGAGAUCUCAAACAAUUGUGGGCACAGUAACAGGUGCAGGUGGUAUUGCUGUGGGUGUUGGUGGUAACACUGGAGGUUAUACAAACGGAUAUACGGUUAAAACAAAUACCGUUGCCACAGCGAAUAACAUACGUUACCAAAGUAAACUGAACCCUAAUGCGACCACUCAAACAGCUGCAAUAACCACACUUCAGCAAACAAUAACAACGUCAGCAGCAAUAACAACGACAAUGAUGAUGACGACUACGACGACGACAACAGGUUAUUCUAUUGCUGGUGCAAUAGCUAACAGCAACAACAACAUCACUAAUAAUAGCUUAAUGGCAUCAUCUAUGAAUAGCAACAAUACAAGCUUAACAUCGAAUACCAAUAAGACUUCGGUUACAGGAGCCUCUAAUAGUAUUACAGGUAUUGCAGCACACACAACAACAUCAACAGCAAACACAACAGCUGGUCCCUGUGGUGCCACUUCAACUAAAUUAACAGCUAUUGAAAGGGAACGUGAGCAGGGUGGCGACUAUUUGAUCGAAAUUUGUGGUCGUUAUUUAAACAUUUAUGGUCAGGGUGCUUUACGUUUCAUUGACAAACAAUGGAAUCCCACAAAAGCUAAUGAUGUCCAUACCUUAAAUUUCAGCUACAUAAAUUUCAAUAAUAUUGCCUCCAUACUGGGACGCAUUAAGGUGAGAUUUGCUCAUGCUGAGAAUUUCGUAUUCCGUGAAACAAACAUUAACUGUUUGGGUCAACUAAAUGCUUUGGCGGAACUACAGGGCAUAAGUUCUCUUAACAUAGAUGAAGAGGGAAAUCCUAUAACCAACAAGGACUUGUGGCGCCAGUAUGCCAUAUAUCGUCUAUCACAUUGGGGCCUUAAGACGCUUAAUGGUAUUGAGGUUACAGCACAGGAAAUUGAAAAGGCAAAUGCCAUCUAUGCCGGUCUUUCCGAUCUCAUACUUUGGUCUAUGCCAGACGCCAUGCUACAGCCUUUAUUAACCCGCUUACGUCUAGAUGAAUCUUGUACGGCUAGCAAAUUAUUACCCAAACAAUGGCUGCGCAAACCUGAUAAUAAAUCUUUGCGUUUGGUUGUGGGUAAAGAAGCUUUACAGUGGAAAAAAACUAAUAAUUCCGAUUGUCAGCACCUGCCAACACCACAGCAAGUUCGUCAUCUACAGAAUCAAUACUAUAGCAGUGACACCUUAAACACAAACUACUAUAAUCAAACUUUAGUAUCCUCAUCAUCAUCCGCCGUUGCGAUGACAUCUCCAAAUGUUUCACUAACAACACGUGAACGUGGUAAAAUACAUUUUACCUUAAUGAUGGAAAAUACAUGUAAUGCGGUUGAAAAGCUACAUAAAGUGGAACAAAUAUGGCCCACCAUGCUGUUGAACAUCGUACGCAAUACCUUAUUAGACUAUUCACAAUUAGAUGUCUACAUACGUAAUUUAAUGGCGGAAAUAAUGAAAUAAUAUUACGUACUUUUCUAAUUGGUGCAAUCCUACUACAUUCACCAUAAUAAAGUGUUCGUAUUGCUUAUUAAAAGUGAAGAUGAAAAUAAAAAAUGCAUAAAAAUUAAAGCCUCAUAAUCAG